UCCAGUAGUAUUGUUCUUAUUAUUCACUAACCUAAACAAAUCACAAACACUUUCAUCGCUACGAUUCAAUCACACUGCGAUUCAAAGGUACCCAUACUUAACUGGAUCAUUCGUCGUUGCAAUGGACUCUGUAGCUGAUUCCCAGAGAACUCUGUACCCAUAUGUAACUGGAUCCUCUGUUGUUGCUAUCAAGUACAAAGAUGGGAUUCUUAUGGCUGCUGAUAUGGGAGGUUCAUAUGGAUCUACACUGCGGUACAAGAGUGUUGAGCGUUUGAAGCCUAUUGGAAAGCACUCCCUUCUUGGUGCUAGUGGGGAAAUAAGUGACUUUCAGGAGAUUAUGCGCUACCUUGAUGAGCUUAUCCUUGUUGACAACAUGUGGGAUGACGGGAAUUCUUUGGGGCCUAAGGAGGUGCACAACUAUUUAACUCGGGUGAUGUAUAAUAGGCGCAACAAGUUCAAUCCAUUGUGGAAUUCACUUGUUCUUGGUGGUGUUAAGAAGGGAGAGAAGUACCUUGGCACGGUUAACAUGAUUGGCAUUAAUUACGAAGACAACCAUGUGGCAACUGGGCUUGGAAAUCAUCUUGCUAGGCCAAUUCUCCGUGAUGAGUGGAAUGAAAACUUGACAUUUGAAGAAGGUGUCAAGUUACUUGAAAAAUGCAUGCGUGUACUUUUGUACCGUGAUAGGUCUGCUGUCAACAAGAUUCAGAUAUCUAAAAUUACCGAAGAAGGUGCCACUGUUUACCCACCAUUCUCUUUGAGAACAUACUGGGAGUUCUCAGCCUUCCAGAAUCCAACAGCUGGAGCUGAAGGUUCAUGGUAGUUGCUCGUUGUGAAUGAAAUGAAACAGGAAUUUAAAUGGAUUCCAACAGAACUGUAUUCACUGUGCUGUAUGGAUAUGAAACGAGUCAUCCUUCGGAAGUUAAAUGACACUUGAUCUGAUUUUUACUGUUAAAUUCUUAAUGGUUGUUUGAAUUGAUUAUCAUUAUCAUAAGAGUUUAUAUUUCAAUUUUCAGCUUUAUUUUAGUGAUUUCAUCAUGGAAUGGUCA